AUGAUAAAAACAAGCUCAGGAAAAAAACUUUCAACUUUCAAAGCCCACAAUGUUCAUUCCAUGUAUUGGACUCGUUGUCAUAGACUUGUAAUUGUCAAUAUUCGUGGUCGUGUUCUUGUUUACACUCCCCUUGGCAAGCUCAAGUAUCAGUUCAUAAUCGAUGAGGAGAUUACCGUUACUGAAACACGUAUAUAUCAUGGAGGAGUCGGUAAUACAGGUUUAGCAGUUCUUUCCGAAAAUAAUAGGAUCUAUGCGGUGAAUUCGGUUAUGGAAGCGAUUCCAUGGCGCAUUCCUGAUGUUGCAAAAGCAAGUCAUCCAUCUGCCUGGAAUGUGCUUACAUCUGUACAAGUAACUAUUUUAUUUGUUAUUGGUAAUGCCUUCUAUGCGGGCAUGCAAGGGAUUGCACCACAUCUUCUGGAUCUUUCAUGGAAAUUCGAUCAUGGAGAAUACAUAAAUAUUGUUCCAAAUUGGGACAGUUCUCGAAUGACUCUACUUCAUUCGAGCUUUGUUGUUCAGAUUAUUGAUUCAGAUUUUUCACUUCUUUCUACUUUAUCUCUUCUUACUGCUGGUGACUCGAUCGUAACAUCUAGCCUUACUUGGUGUGGCAGUGAGGUAUUAGCUUUGAAACGUGCUCGUCAAUCCUUAUACUUGAUUUCUUUAUGCUCGGAGACGCAUGUAUAUGAUUUCGAAAAUUAUGUGGAAAUCGAUAUGGAGCUUGAUGGUAUUAAAGUUUUCACUACAAAUGAAGUUGUUCUUUUAUCGCAAGUACCAGACGCAGUUGGUGAUGUACUGGGUGUCGCAUCAGCGGAACCUGGGGCCAUUUUAUACGAAGCUUCAGAGAAACUCAUAGAAGGAACGUAUGGUGUUUAUGAGUAUAUAAACAUGAUUGAAGAUCAAAUGGAGAAGGCUGUACAACAAUGUCUUUUGGCUGCAGCGCAUCAGUUUGAUACUAUCUGGCAAAAGAAAAUGCUGAGAGCAGCAUCUCUUGGGAAGUCACUGUUGCGGCGACAGGAUGCUUCACAGUUUGUUGACAUUUGCCGUGUUAUCAGAGUGCUGAACUUUCUUCGAAAACCGUAUAUCGGGAUGGCAUUAUCAUUUGCGCAGUCAGAGGAGUUGAAAAUGAGUGCUGUGGUUGAUCGCCUUACAGAUUUGGGUCAGUGGCCUUUGGCAUUAACCAUUAGUAAAUAUAUGAAGGUGCCUUCGAAAAAUGGAAUUUACAGAGUAUUGGCUCAUUGGGCAUUGAAGAAGGUAGAAAUGGCGAAAGCGGCAAAAGAAGUAGGGAAAAUGCCCGAUUUUAAAGCCUUAUCAGAAACAAUUGUUAGCAAAUUUACAAAUUAUCCUGAAGUUAGCUUUGCAGAUGUCGCAAUGAAAGCUGCUGGUGCCAAUUUAAAUGAAUUAGCUGAACUUUUGCUGGAUAGGGAAACAUGUCUUAACAGACAGGUCGAAAUGCUUAUGAAGUUGAAUAAAACUGAUCGAGCUUUAGCAAAGGCUGCAAAAAGUCAGCAGCCGGAUCUUUUACAUUACGUUCUAACUUAUUUGAAAAGAACGCAAAAGAAGGAAGUCAUCGAUCACCUUGUGCUGAAAUUACCACAGGUCCUUUGUCUCUAUCAGGAUUACUUAAAGGAGGAAGCACCUCGUCAUCUUCUGGCGUUGUAUAUGCAGAAAGACGACUUUGCUCGUCAAUCGUUAUACUACUUGAAGGAGUCCGAAUCUACGCCAUGGAAUCCUUUUGAUAAUAAGGAUAAAGUGGAAGGAUUGUUGAAAGCAGAGAUGAGCUUGAAUAAGCUGAGAGAACAUACGACAGCUCAGUUGGCUGCUGAAACAGCGGAAUUAUUUAGUAUAUGCGAAACUUUGGACAAAAAACCUGAUUUUAAUGAUGUUGACAGAACGAGUGUUAGAUGUGUUUACAUGUGGGCCGUGGGACAUCGGGAAGAUAAUUUGGCGGAAUUGCUGAGGAAGAAAUUUAAAUUAACUGAGAAAGCAUGGUACAUGUGGAAGAUUGAAAGCUAUGCUCGAAAUAAAUUAUGGCAUCAUCUUGAAAGCUUAUUCAGAUCGAAAAAGGUUCUCGCAAGUCACAUGCCAUUUAUCGAAGCUUGCGCAAGUUAUGGAAAUGAGUCUCUAUGUAGAUCAUUCAUUGGGAAACUUACAAAUCCCAUUGAUGUGGUUGAAAGCCUGCUGCUGUUGGAAAAGCCAAUUGAAGCGGCAAAUUAUGCUGCUGAGAAGAAAUUGUUUAUCGUGCUUGAAAAAAUUCACGCUCGAUAUCGGGGAAACAAAGAAGUUGUUCCAGUUAUCGCACAAAUUUUGGAUUCCACAAGAAAGAUGUGA